UUAAGGCGCGCUGGUUCAGGGUGUCAGCGGCAGUAGAGAGACGCCAGUCACUAAAGAAGGCCACCUCACUUGAAUGACUACACUUGAAUAACUGUACUGGACUUUGCAUCCCCUCAGGUAAUGGACAGCAGGAUCAGACCGCUUGGCCUGGCCGGGCACACCGCCAACCCGCUCGGUGGCUUGCAGAUGUCCCCUUCCCUCCUGCGCCCUCCGCCUCUCUUCCUCCGGGCUUGUAACCCCGCGCUGGAGAGGGGAUACCCCCGCACCCCGAAGUGCGCCAGAUGCAGGAACCACGGCGUGGUGUCCGCGCUGAAAGGCCACAAGCGCUUCUGUCGCUGGAGAGACUGCGUGUGCGCAAAGUGCACUCUGAUAGCGGAGAGGCAGCGGGUGAUGGCCGCGCAGGUGGCACUGAGGAGGCAGCAGGCUCAGGAGGAGAGCGAGGCCCGGGAGCUCCGGGUCUUGUACCCUGGCUCGGGGAUCGGUGGGGAAACAGGGAUCCCUCAGGGGUCACCCGUAGGCCCCGGGGUGCCAGCAGCCACCAGCAACACUCCGGCAGCUUCCAGUUUUGAUGUUUUUGGAGCAGAGAACCAAAACUAUGAUGACAAACUGAGCAAGUACAACCUUUUUAACGGAUUCAUGGGUCGACCCCUCUUUGCACCCCACACCGCACGGCUGCCCUCCCCAAAUGACGAGAAGGAUCUGUCUCCAAACAGGGUCAGCGCCACUUCAUUCCAUGACGACAGCGCAAGUCCUUCCCCGGUGUUUGAUCACACAGAGAGUCCAAGGAGGUCGCUCUCCUCCUCGGAUCCGGAGUCAGGCAGCGAGUCGGAGAAACCCAAGGACUAUCCGAGCAUGGACCGGGACCCCACCGAUAUCAUGGCCAAGAUCUUCCCCCAUCAGAAACGGGACAUCCUGGAGUCUAUGGUGAGAACGUGCAAAGGCGACAUUGUCAGAUCCAUUGAACUGGUGUUGAGCUCCAAAGACAACAAAAUAGACUCCGAUAGCUUGUCUCUAUCCAGUCACUCAAACGCGCUCAGGCCUUCAGUUGGACUGCCUGCAGCGCUUGGUGCUCUGGGGAACAAGUCUGCCUUCUCUCCGCUCCACAUGCCACCGCCGGCAGCCGGGGGAGACAGCCUGUACGGGGUCGGCCCUCGCCUCGGUGUCAGCCCCUUACGUCUGGCCUAUUCCUCUGCAAACGGUGGCAUGGCAGGUUUCAUGUCGCCAUACAUGACAUCCGGACUGAUGCCAGUGUUUCCACUGCGUCCACCCUUGGACUCCUAUUCCUUCCCGGGCAUGAUGCGAGACCUGUCUUACCUUCAGAGCAAGGAGUCAUUAUGCAGUACAGGUCUUUACACACGACUUAACAGUGAAAAAUGACAAAUAAAAAAUUGACACGUUCUAAAAAACAAUUGUUAUUCUUAUUGUAUACUGGCUGUCAGAUUUUGCCUUAAAUCGCCUUUCAAGUGCCUCAAACCAAGCUAAAGUGCUGAUUGAAAUCACUGCAUUCUGACAAUUUCCUUUUAAAACUUGACUGUUUUUUUAAUAGUGUACAUGUUGUAAAGAGUGUUUAUUAUUAAUAAAGCUAUCAAAAGGUG